AAGUAAGCUGCAGUGUCAGCUCUCACUUCGCUUCAGUACUCUCCGGUUCGCUCGUCUCUGUGGCUGUCAGUAUGGUCGUACUGAAAGGAAUCCCCUCUGUUUUAUCACCUGAACUGCUGUAUGCUCUCGCUAAAAUGGGCCAUGGGGAUGAACUGGUUCUUGCUGAUGCAAAUUUUCCAGCAUCUUCCAUUUGUGCUUGUGGUCCAAAAGAGAUUAGAGCUGAUGGUUUAGGAAUCCCACAGCUUUUGGAGGCCAUUUUGAAGCUGUUGCCUCUGGAUACCUAUGUCUCCUCUCCGGCAGCUGUCAUGGAUCUGGUAGACAGUGACAAAAAGAAGUGUUUAGCUGUCCCUGUGUGGGACACAUACACACUGCUCCUGGGUCAGGCUGGGUCUCAGACUCCUCCUGAAAAGGUGGAAAGGUUUGCUUUCUACGAACGAGCCAAGAAAGCCUUCGCUGUUGUAGCAACAGGGGAAACAGCUCUGUAUGGAAACCUGAUACUGAAAAAGGGGGUCAUUCCUGCAGAGCUGCUACAGUGACACACACACACACACACACACACACACUCACACACACACACACACACACACACACACACACACACACACACAUACACAUUAACACAUAAGUAAUGAUGAUCUAAUGAGCUGAUGAUGAUUUCAGUCACAACUGUAAUUCUUUCUAGUGAAAAUCAAAAGAUGGUGAAUAUUUUUGCAUUAAACUAAUUUUCAAUUUAGUUCAGUUUCCACCAGAAGCUGUGAAUUCAAAACACAAUUUAUUCUUGUUCAUGUGUAAUUAAUACUGUAAAUACAAUCUGAGUAAUCUUCAGUUUACAGAAUUCAUGUGAAUAACUUCUGCGUUGUACAUACAUUUCAAUAAAUAAAACCCAUCAAGUUUUUGAUGAGUGUGUUAAAGUACCUUUAUCUUUGAGAUUUUGACAUGUUCAUUGUCACUGAGGACAGUUUAAUAGAUUCAAAUCAUCACUUCUGAUUUAUUUACCUCUUGCAGCCACCGUCUCCUAUCUGUAUCUGAUUUGAAAUGAUAAGGAUCUACAUAAGUUGAGCUGUUAUUGAAAGAUCACAGGUGGUAUAGAUCAUCCAGAUCUUCCUCUGGUUCGCUGUGCUUUCUCGGAAAUGGCAAAUCAGCAGGAACGGCAGUUCUAGUAUCAACUUGGUAAGGGAUGGGCUUCAGGACAUCUUUGUGGUACAGGUCGUCCAUGUCCUCUUCUGGUUCGGAGUGUGCAACGCGGACCUCUGCACCAGCUUUGUAUCCAGCCACAAGUGGAGCCAGAUAUCCAUCCAGUUCCUCCCUCGCUUUGCGGGAGACUUCAUCCCAGUCCUGCUCGGGUUCUUCUGAAGCCACCUUAAUGAAAACAGGGUGGUCCACAUCAUCUUUAUCCUCUGGUUCCUGAUUGUACUUGAUGUCGGCCUCUUCAUGCGAGGACUCUGCCUGGAUGUUGGCAGCAGGGUGGGCAUCCAGGUCUUGGAUUUGAACUUUGAGGAGAUGAGCCACAGAAGGAUGGUACAGCUCAUCCAAGUCUUCUUCGGCCUUCAGGGGCUGUUGGUCCUGUCCACCGCCUGUCAUACUCUUCCAAAUCUUCAUCUGAGGGUCAAUGUCAUAGUCCGUCCUAUCCAUGUCCUCUGGAGGCUCCACUUCGAUUCCCCAGGAAAUCUUCCCUUUGUCAUCUUUGUACCUGAAAUAAAAAUCAUGCAAUCUCA